AGUGCUUGUAAGGGAAUGUGUGCAUUAGUUAAAAAAAAAAAUUACCUAGAGAAGCGCGACAACGGCAACAGGAUACAAUAAAGGACGAACUGAAAUCGAAAGUUGUUUCAAAAGCUUAGCAGCAUAUUUUAUAAGUAUAUACAAUCAGUCUUUCGGGGAUUCUACAAAUGGUCGGUGGCUCUUACGUUUGAAAACAGGACGGAGAAGAUAAAAAAAUAAAAUAACCAAUUGAAAAAUUCUCAAAACUGGGCACAGCUUUCAUGAAAAAAGAAAUAAUAAUUCAAUAACCGUUUUACACAAAUUAUCGUCUACCAAUAGUAGUUUUUUCCUUUCGUUUUCGCCUGCAUAUUCAGAGAGCCUAAAAAUGUGGCAAAAUUUUUGUAAAACCAAAUUACAACAUGAAUGUGGCUUUAAUGGGAAAAUUAUAUUUUCUCUGCUAUUUCUAUUGUUAGUGUCCUUUAGCGAAUGCUUACAACUAGGCGCUUUCACUACAAAAAGCCCCAGGGUCACCAAAUAUACGACAAAACCAGCAACGUCCACCUCCAUGAAUCACGAUGCGACCACAUCGAUUUAUCGCUUUAAUGCGACAAACGGCAUCACCUGCAUUUUGGUUAGUGUAGAUGGGUUGAUUAGCAUCAGAUAUCGCAACAAGUUGAACGAAGACGUGGAAGCGGAUCUCUAUCUGCCUGAUGACCCUAAGCUGAGCGGUGAAUGUGUGGAAUCGAAUAUGGAAAUAUUGCGAAUGGAGUUCAAGGGUUUCGUUUUGACGAUGACAUUCCGUAAGUCCUCUGGGGGUGAAGGUUGGUACAUUAAUCAAUUCGAGCUCACCUACUCUUCAUCAAAUUCGCUUUUCGAGCACCCCGACCGUCCGAACCUGGAUGUGAAACUGACUUCACCCGCACAGACUCCAAUGUAUUUCCCAACACCCGUCGGCAAAUCGUACGUUUGCGACAAGGAGCAAAGUGUACUCUUGUAUGCUCCCGAUGGUACUGAUGACUUGUCCGGCCAUAUUGCGCGCCUCUACCUGCGCGAUUUACAUAUGCAAAGCUUUAUGUUCAAGGAGAGUGGUAAAUGGGGACCACCAUUUCAUUGCAGUGCCACCGGCUCAUAUCGUGAUGAGACGGCACCGCUGGCUGUGGGCACAGCUUUGGCGAUAGCGACGUUUUUGGUGUUAGUCGGUUAUGGCGCAUGGCGCUAUUUCAAAAUCAAGAAAGUCCAAUAUGGUUCGAUGGAGUAAACUGUCGUUAGUUUAAUGCAAAUAACAAUGUGCGCGUUCACAGUUUUGUUAUGCUGACAAUUGCUAACUAAAACAAUUAAAUAAAAAAGUAAAAGUAAAAAUAAAAAUAAUUUCGCUUAAGGAUUUGCGCUAAUUAAUAUUUUGUUAUUAUUAGUAAAAAAAAAAGAAUUAUUAGCAUUUUAAAUCAAAUAUUUAUUAGCAAAAUCAUUCGAAAAUCCAAUUAUCAACCGAAAAAUGUUAGGCAAAGUUGAGCAGAAUUAAAAGAAAAUUAUAUAAAAUGUAUGAGAAUUACAAAAAGUCUUCCAUUAUUAUUAAAUACAAAACUAAAAAAUAUACAAAAUAAAACUGAAUAAGCAUUGCGGUGUGUACAUAUCCUGAACUACAUAUCCAAAUGUAUGCAUUUUUUAACCAAUAUUGUAAUUAUUUAUUUUACUUGUAGUCUUUAGCAACUCUUAUGAGUGAAAUGAAGGCAAGGGUCUCUUUGAAUUUGAAUUUAAGAUUUAAUGAUAAUGGUGGAAUGGAAAUUACGUAGUUUAGAAUUGAAUUAUGAAAGUAGUUUUUGAAAAUGUAAAUAGAUCACAAUAUCCUUGAAUCGACAAGCAACUGCAAUGACCAUGAAAAUUUAAAAUGCAAAGUUUCGGCGGUGAAAUCAACACAGUUUUCGUGCUAUAGUUACAGCCCUACCGUCAGACUCACUUUUCUGCAUACUUGCGUGAAUUUGCUUUAGCAAUUUUUGCUGGAAUUUGCUGCAUUUCCAAAGAGACCCUCAACUAAAUAAAAGCUGGAACAAAAAAAUUCUCCACUCAUUUUCUAAAUAAAUCAGUAUUGUUAACAUUAUAUA